AAGAGAAAGUGCCACGACUCCGCAGCCUGACCGACUCCGCGGAGGUGAGAAAACCUCUCCAGAACUCAGACUUUCUGUAGGACACUGAUCAGUCAUGGACAUCUCCGACCCGCAGACCCUCGGCUUCAUUGUCUUUGGAGGCUUCAUGGUCAUCUCGGCGGUGGGCAUCGCUCUCGUCUCCACCCUCUCCAUGAAGGAGACGUCGUACGAGGAGGCUCUGGCCAAACAGCGUCGCGAACUCGUCCAAGCCCAGACCCAGAGGUCAGAGAAGAAGAAGAAGGACAAGACUUUGGAGAAGAAGAGCAAAGCCAAGAAGAGGGAAGACCGACCCGAUGGAAAGUUCUCAGAACCAGGCAGCGAUGGCAGCGAGGAGCCUGUGGUGGUGACCUGUACAGAACCAGAGUCUGACCCAGAACCUGCUGCAGAACCUGAUGCUGCACCUGAACCCACACCAACACCUGAACCAGCACUAGAACCCACUGUGAUCACCUCUGUCAAGUCUCCUCCAGCCCCUUCACCGAAGGAGAAGAAGAAGAAGUCAGCCCGGAUGGAGCCAACUGCUGUGGCGGAAACCGUUGCUAAGGAUGUUCUGGUCCUGGCCGUGGCCCCGGUGGUAGAUGUUCCUCCGGUAAAUGUUGUCGCUGAAGUCAUCAAAGAACCGUCUGCUGCCAAAACUGAAGAACCCAAAGAGACCUCAAGCAAGAAGAAGAAGUUCAAGAACAAACCUGAGACAGCUUCCAUCACCAAACCUACUGCUAUCGCCCCGGUGCUGCCGUACGGCGAGCUGCUGUCCGCCGUGUCCAACGUCAUGCUCAGUGACGACGAGAGGCACAAACUCAUACAGGUCCUGAACCAGAAGGCUGGGGUCCGCCACGAUUCCUGGCAGCCGGCCCGUCAGAAAGGAGACCUGCUGUCCACUCUGAAGAAACAGCUGGAGGAGAAGGAAAAGCUUUUGACUGCUGAGCAGGAGGUCACAGCCACCGCCAAGAGCCGCCUCCGAGAGUUCAGCAAGGAACUUGGUGCAGAGAAAUCCAAGAUGGCAUCCUUGGAGGCCAAUUUGAAGGCGGAGCUGAGUGCACGGAGUCAGGAGGUUGACACCAUUAAGACCAGAAUGCAGACCACUGAAAAGGAACACUUGAAAAACACCCAGCAGCUCAACUCGAAGAUCAGGAGUUUGCAGGAACAGCUGGAGAACGGCCCCAACGCUCAGCUGGCCCGACUGCAGCAGGAGAACUCCAUCCUCCGGGAUGCCCUGAACCAGGCAACCAGCCAGGCCGAGAGCAGGCAGAAUACGGAGCUCGCUCGUCUCAGGCAGGACUGCGCCCGUCUUGGUCGGGAGUUGACCGAGCGGACCGACGUCCUGCGGGCCGAUGAGGCACGCAUGCAGAGCCUGGAGGCCAAGAUGGCCACCGCCGAGCUGGUCCACGCAGACACUGAGCGCGCCCUGCAGCAGCGACUGGACGAAGUGCGCUUGCAGCUGAGCGUGUCGCAGCAGGAAGCUGCUGCUGUUAGCGAGCUGCAGGGGGCGCUGGCAUCCAGAGAAGUUGAGUUGCAGGAGCUCAAGGCCCAGCUGGAGAACCAGGCUGCAGUGCAGGUGGAGAGCGCGUCUGAAGUGGAGCAGCUGAAGAUCUGUGUGCGACGCAGAGAUGAGCAGGUCGUCACUCUGGAGGCGGAGCUUGCACAGCUGAAGGAGGAGCUACAGCUGCUGACAUCAUCACAGUCACAGAGAGCGAAGGAGGACGAGGCCGGAGCAGCAGCUGGAGAUGAGAUGCCGAAAGACGGAUCAGGAAGUGAGACAGAGUCUGAGCAGCCGUUUGAAAGUCUGGAGGAAGACUCUCAGCUGCUUCGUCUGGAGGAAGAACUUCAGCAGCUCAGAGACGAGCUGCAACGGAGUCGUAGCCACAGCGACGAGCUGCAGGAGAAAAUGUCGGCGUCAGCAGAGGCGUUGUCGGCCGCGGAGCGACUGAUCGAGCAGAGAGGGGCCGAGCUUAAAGCGGCGCUGGCAGAAGCAGGGGUCAGGUUGGAGUCCCUGCGUUUGGACUUCCAGGCGUCGCUGCAGGUUCUGUUUCCUGGCGUCUCGGUGGAGCUGGAGCAGAGAAACUGGCUGGAACUUUUUACUCAGAAGGUUCAGGAGAGUAAAAGUGAUGCAGAGACGUCUCACUGUGAGCUGCAGUUGAGGCUGAACAAGGCAGAGCAGAAACAAACUGAGCUGCAGGUAGAGCUUGAUCAGAACAGGAAGCUGCUGCAGGAGACGGAGGCAGAGCUUCUGUCUCUGCAGCGACGCUCUGAAGAAGAAGAAAACACCUGGAAGAAUAAACUUACUGAAGCCGAACAGCAGAAACAAACGGUCCUGGAUCGACUCAAGCUGCUUGAGGACGAAGUUCAGUCGAAGGGGACGGAGACGGAAAACCCUCAGCAGCUGAAGGAGCAGCUGAUGUUGUUGGAGGCUCAGCUGGAGAAACAGCUGGAGGAAGCCAGCUUCAGCCAGAGCUGCAGCGAGGAGCUCGCUCAGGUGCAUUCUCAGUUGCAGCAGAUGACCAUCAGGUUGCAGUCAGAGCAGCAGCAGCGACGGCAGCUGGACGCAGAGCUGCAGCAGGCGCGACAGGAAGUUCUGGAGCUGCAGCAGCAGAUGGAGGCUGACCGGAGAUCUGCUGCUUCCCCCAAGGAGGCGACAGUCGAGGUGAAGGAGGAGACGCCGGUGUGAUUCCUUCCGCUCUCGGACCACGUUUCUUGAUUUUGUUCCACCUGUAGCGGAGCGGCAGAAAUCAGACGUCAGGUCUUUUUCUUUACAGUGAGGUUGAACGAAAACACGCAGCUCUGCUUUAUUAUUGUCUCUCUGCUGCUCAGUGACAAAUAAACGGUAAAGUCUGACUGUUGG